AAAGCCGGGCUUCCUCGGGCUGGGUUGGGGACAGACCUUCCGGCUUAAGUUUCUGCAGAUGCCACCCUUCGCCCCCCAACUCCCUCUAGGCGCACGCGCGGCGGCUUUAAGAGGCGCCACCCCCCCUCUGCUGGCUCCCACAAUGGUCUGAGCCGAGCUCUGCUUCCCAAAGCAAAAUUUGUAAUAUGCCAUUUUUGCCCCUGGACGCCGCUGCUCGGGGCUCGCCCAUGGAGCCGCGGCAAGAUGCUCGGGCGCAGCCUCGCCGAGCCGCAGGGCCGGGAGCCGGGGUGGCGCCGGAGACCGCCUGGGUCUGAGCUGCUCAGCCGUUCUCCUCCGGGGCGAAGGGAAAUGGUCCAGGGGUGCCUGGGGUGAGCCUUUCCUCGAGUCCAGCUCGAGCCUGCGGCGCUUGUCAUUGAGAAUUGGAAGGAGCAGGACCCGGAAUCACAGACAUUAGCAAUGAUGUGCGAAGUGAUGCCCACGAUUAACGAGGACACCCCUAUGAGCCAAAGGGGGUCCCAAAGCAGCGGCUCAGACUCGGACUCCCACUUCGAGCAGCUGAUGGUGAAUAUGCUGGAUGAGCGGGACCGCCUGCUCGACACCCUCCGGGAGACCCAGGAGAGCCUGUCGCUGGCCCAGCAGCGGCUGCAGGAUGUCAUUUAUGAUCGCGACUCUCUGCAGAGGCAGCUCAACUCCGCCCUGCCGCAGGACAUCGAAUCCUUAGGAGGGCUGACUGGUUCUAAGGGGUCUGAGCCACCGGAAUUUGCUGCACUGACUAAAGAAUUAAAUGCCUGCAGAGAACAGCUUCUAGAAAAGGAAGAAGAAAUUUCUGAACUUAAAGCUGAAAGAAACAACACAAGACUGUUACUGGAGCACCUGGAGUGCCUUGUGUCACGCCACGAGAGGUCACUAAGGAUGACGGUGGUCAAACGGCAAGCCCAGUCCCCUUCAGGGGUGUCCAGUGAAGUUGAGGUCCUCAAGGCCCUGAAAUCUUUGUUUGAGCACCACAAGGCCUUGGAUGAAAAGGUGAGGGAGCGACUGAGAGUUUCUUUAGAAAGAGUCUCUGCACUGGAAGAAGAACUUGCCGCUGCUAAUCAGGAGAUUGUUGCCUUGCGUGAACAAAAUGUUCAUAUACAGAGAAAAAUGGCCUCAAGUGAGGGAUCUACAGAGUCAGAACAUCUGGAAGGGUUGGAACCUGGCCAGAAAAUUCAUGAGAAGCGUCUGUCUAACGGUUCUAUAGAUUCAACUGAUGAAACUAGUCAAAUAAUGGAACUACAAGAAUUACUUGAAAAGCAAAAUUAUGAAAUGGCCCAAAUGAAAGAACGAUUAGCAGCCCUCUCCUCGAGGGUGGGAGAGGUGGAACAGGAGGCGGAGACAGCCAGAAAAGAUCUCAUUAAAACAGAAGAAAUGAACACAAAGUAUCAGAGGGACAUCAGGGAAGCCAUGGCACAGAAGGAAGAUAUGGAAGAGAGAAUCACAACCCUUGAGAAGCGUUACCUCAGUGCUCAGAGAGAAUCUACCUCCAUACAUGACAUGAAUGACAAAUUAGAAAAUGAGCUGGCAAAUAAGGAGGCCAUACUACGGCAGAUGGAAGAAAAGAACAGACAAUUGCAAGAACGUCUUGAGUUGGCUGAACAAAAGCUGCAGCAGACAAUGAGAAAAGCUGAAACUUUACCUGAAGUAGAGGCUGAAUUAGCUCAACGAAUUGCAGCUUUGACAAAGUCUGAUCCAACCUCUUCUACCUCAUCCGAUGAUUAUCAAUAUGUUAUGGAAGCUAAACUCCAAGAAAUGAUCUCCAUACGUAGGAAGGCUGAGGAGAGACAUGGAAACAUUGAAGAACGAAUGAGACAUUUAGAAGGUCAACUUGAAGAGAAAAAUCAAGAACUUCAAAGAGCAAGGCAAAGAGAAAAAAUGAAUGAGGAGCACAACAAGAGAUUAUCUGAUACUGUAGAUAGACUUCUGACUGAAUCCAAUGAGCGUUUGCAGCUACACUUAAAGGAAAGAAUGGCAGCCCUUGAAGAGAAGAAUGUUUUAAUUCAAGAAUCAGAAACUUUCAGAAAGAAUCUGGAAGAAUCUUUACAUGAUAAGGAAAGGCUGGGUGAAGAAAUUGAAAAGCUGAGAUCUGAAUUGGACCAAAUGAAAAUGAGAACUGGAUCUCUAAUUGAACCCACAAUAUCAAGAACUCAUUUAGACACAUCAGCUGAGUUGCGAUAUUCCGUGGGCUCCUUGGUGGACAGUCAGUCUGAUUACCGGACAACAAAAGUUAUAAGGAGACCAAGGAGAGGCCGCAUGGGGGUGCGAAGAGAUGAGCCAAAGGUGAAAUCUCUUGGAGACCAUGAGUGGAACAGAACUCAACCAAUUGGAGUACUCAGUAGCCACCCAUUUGAAAGUGACACAGAAAUGUCUGAUAUUGAUGAUGAUGACAGAGAAACAAUUUUCAGUUCAAUGGAUCUUCUUUCUCCAAGUGGCCAUUCUGAUGCCCAGACCUUGGCCAUGAUGCUCCAGGAACAACUGGAUGCCAUCAACAAAGAAAUCAGGCUUAUUCAAGAGGAAAAAGAAUCGACCGAGUUACGAGCUGAAGAAAUUGAGAACAGAGUGGCCAGUGUGAGCCUGGAAGGCUUGAAUUUGGCCCGAGUCCACGCUGGUCCCUCCAUCACUGCCUCAGUUACUGCUUCUUCUCUGGCGAGCUCAUCUCCCCCCAGUGGCCACUCAACGCCAAAGCUCACCCCGAGAAGUCCUGCCAGGGAGAUGGACCGGAUGGGCGUCAUGACAUUGCCAAGUGAUCUCAGGAAACAUCGGAGAAAGAUUGCAGUAGUGGAAGAAGAUGGUCGGGAGGAUAAAGCAACGAUUAAAUGUGAAACUUCUCCUCCUCCUACCCCUAGAACCAUCAGGAUGACUCACACCCUCCCUUCUUCCUAUCACAAUGAAGCCAGAAGCAGUCUCGCUGCCUCCCUGGAGCCAGAAGGCCUGGGGCUGGGUAGUGCUAAUAGCAGUCAAGACUCCCUGCACAAAGCGCCCAAGAAGAAGGGCAUUAAGUCAUCGAUCGGGCGCCUAUUUGGGAAGAAAGAAAAGGCACGCUUGGGGCAGCUCCGGGGUUUUAUGGAGACUGAGGCUGCAGCUCAAGAAUCCCUGGGGGUAAGCAAACUCGGAACCCAGGCAGAGAAGGACAGAAGAUUGAAGAAAAAGCAUGAACUUCUAGAAGAAGCUCGAAGAAAGGGCUUACCUUUUGCCCAGUGGGAUGGACCCACUGUGGUUGCAUGGCUAGAGCUCUGGCUGGGAAUGCCUGCUUGGUAUGUGGCAGCCUGCAGAGCCAACGUGAAGAGCGGUGCCAUCAUGUCUGCGCUCUCCGACACUGAGAUCCAGCGAGAAAUCGGUAUCAGCAACCCUCUGCAUCGGUUAAAGUUGAGAUUGGCAAUCCAGGAGAUGGUCUCCCUAACAAGCCCUUCAGCUCCCCCCACAUCCCGAACUCCUUCAGGCAAUGUUUGGGUGACCCAUGAAGAAAUGGAAAAUCUAGCUGCUCCAGCCAAAAUGAAAGAAUCUGAGGAAGGGAGCUGGGCACAGUGUCCGGUUUUUCUGCAGACUCUGGCGUAUGGUGACAUGAAUCAUGAAUGGAUUGGAAAUGAGUGGCUUCCCAGCCUAGGGCUGCCGCAGUAUAGAAGUUAUUUUAUGGAAUGCUUGGUAGAUGCAAGAAUGUUAGAUCACCUCACAAAAAAAGAUCUUCGAGUGCAUUUAAAAAUGGUGGAUAGUUUCCAUCGAACAAGUUUACAAUAUGGAAUCAUGUGUUUAAAACGGUUGAAUUAUGACAGAAAGGAAUUAGAAAGAAGACGAGAAUCAUCUCAACAUGAAAUAAAAGAUGUGUUGGUGUGGAGCAAUGAUCGAGUGAUCCGCUGGAUACAAGCAAUUGGACUGCGAGAAUAUGCAAAUAAUAUUCUUGAGAGUGGGGUUCAUGGCUCCCUUAUAGCCUUGGACGAGAAUUUUGACUACAGCAGCCUGGCGUUACUAUUGCAGAUUCCAACACAAAACACCCAGGCUAGGCAGAUUCUUGAAAGGGAAUAUAAUAACCUCCUUGCCCUGGGGACUGAACGGCGUCUGGAUGAAAGCGAUGACAAGAAUUUCAGGCGUGGGUCAACGUGGAGAAGGCAAUUUCCUCCCCGGGAAGUGCAUGGAAUCAGUAUGAUGCCUGGAUCCGCGGAAACUUUGCCAGCAGGCUUUAGAUUAACCACGACAUCUGGACAGUCAAGGAAAAUGGCCACAGAUGUUGCUUCAUCCAGACUGCAGAGGUUAGACAACUCCACUGUUCGCACAUAUUCAUGUUGACAAGCCACUCCAAGGAGGCAGCACUGACUUGCUAUGUCGUCUUUUCAGUCUAUUCUACCUAAAGUGCUCUACCAUCUAUGAAGAACAGCUGUGGAAACCUCAAUGAAGACAAAACUCUAAGGAAAUAACCACUAUGAUGGUUUAAUUAAACUGAAAGUGUGAUUGGGGGGUGGGGGGAACUCAGAACUUCUGUUUGAAUAGUUUACUAAAAUUGUAAGAAAAAUGCUUACGUCAUUUGAAUAAUAAGCAUCAUCCACAUCAUAAUUUCUGUACAAUGAAGGCUCUUAUUAAACAGAGCCACUUUUUUUCAUGUUUUAUUGUAAGAUACUAGGCAUUUCUGUAUUAUUGUGUAUUUCUUUUUAAAUGUGUAAGUCUUAUGUAAAUGGAUAUAAAUAUGAUUUUUUAAAUAAAUAAAAUAUAUGGUUCAUGGAGUCCUGAGUGCAAACACUUGACAAUUCCAAGUAACAUUUGUAUUUUACCAUUCCACCAUUUUUACAGUUUUUGAAUUGUAACAGUCAAAUCAAAAUGUUCCCUGGGAGCAUGUUUUAUGCUUCUCUAUGUUUCCCCUUCAAAUCUGUCAACACUUAAAGCUGAAAACCUGCCUCUGAUCAUGUAAAAAAAUGAGAAAAAAAUAGAAAAAAAAAGAAUGAUUUAACCUGAACUGGAGCCAAAUAUAGACCUUUAAAGGCAAUCAGGGAUGUCCUUUAUCUUUAAAAAAUAGCACUGUGAAAGCUUGCUCUGCUUUUCCAUAUGAAACAAAGCCAAACUGUUUACAAGAGUCAAAGAAAUUAUUUUAAAAAAUGUAUAAAGAAAAAAACAUCUCUUGUUACUGUGGACAAAAGAAAAAAAAACACAACUUCUUUAUUCAGAACCACAUCAUUCUUCAAAUACCUUAAACUGCCAAUCUCAAGUAUUCAGUGACUGUCAACCACUGAAGUCUGUGGCUUGUGGCCCACUGGAAAAAAAGUAAAACCUCAGAAACUCUUCCCUUUUGUCAAUGUAACAGGGCAUUAGCCAGACUCCUAUCUAAUGUGAGAAGCUUUUAGCCAAGAUGGCCUUGCUGUGACUUCCCUGCAGUUCUUCUUAUCAGAGGAAUAAAAUGAAAGACAGAAUGAACAACCUAUAUAUUGUACAGAAGUAUAGAAGAGUAAGCUCUUCCCUGUGGCUUUA